AUGAGUCGGGAGAAAGCUCUUUCCGUUGUCUUGCGAAGCAGCAUACGACGUCCUAUGGUGCACUUUAGGAUGGAUCGGGGAGAGACGCUUCCUCAUCUCAUCUCAUCUCCCUUGUUCUUCUGGCUCCAAUUUCUAAGUGGCUAUCACGUUACGUGGCCACUGAAGGCUCCACCAUUCCACUUCCGCUGGGCAGUAUGGUUUACGGGCCAUGACAGUGGCUCCUCAGCCCUUCUGGACGUCGCCAAUAUAUUUUCCAGUCAGGAGUGA